AUGGGCGACGCGGCGGAGAUCGGCGCGCUGCUGGAACAGCUCGGUCUCGACAGCUUGGAUUUGCAGGAGGUGUUCAACCCAGGGGAGUUCGCCAAGGGAGCUCCAAAGUUCAAUCUGAAGCCAGGAGUGGCGAUGGACCUCAGGACGGGCUGGGACUUCCGGCUCGAGGAGCAGAGGAAGCGAGCGAGAGCGGAGAUUGAGGAGGGAGACCCUGUCUUCCUCAUCAUGUCUCCUGCAUGCGCCCCGUUCUCACAGCUGAUGGAGUUGCUGAAGGCGAGCGGCAAGCGCGAUGAGGUCAAGUUUCAGAGGCUGCUCGCGGAGUGCAAGGUCUUCCUGGGCUUCUGUAUGGAGCUGGCGGCCUACCAGCAUUCGAGGGGGAAGUGGUUCUUGUUCGAGCACCCUUGGACGGCGUCAAGCUGGAAAGAGGAGUGCAUCAAGAGCAUCAGGGAGCUGCCCGGCGUCAUAGUGGUCAAGGGCAGCCAGUGUGUGUUCGGAGCCAAGUCAUACUGGCCGGACGGCUCGGAGGGCCUCGCGGCGAAGCCGACGGGCUGGAUGACGAAUAACCGCGAGGUGGCGAAGCAGGUGGGGAUCGUGUGCGACGGCUCCCACGAGCAUGUGCACCUCCUGGCGAGGAGGGCGAAGGCGGCUGAGAGGUACCCCUCAGGGCUGGUGAAGGCAAUCCUGAAGGGCAUCAGGAACGAGCUGAAGAUCGGUAAAGGGAUCCAUGCGUUCGAAGUUGGUCAGACCGCGGAGGAGCCAGAGAUUCUGGACCAGGCGACCGAGGAGGAGAUGGCGACCUUCUACGACGGGAUCAGCGGUGCGGUGCUGGACCCGGUAGGCGUCAAGAACGCGCGCAUGGACGAGAUGGGUUACAUGAGCAGGCUCGGAGUGUUUGAGAGGAGAAAGAUUUCCGAGGCGCUGCAAGUGACGGGAACCAAGCCGCUUCCAAGCGGCUGGGUUGACACCAACAAGGGCGACGAUCAGAAACCAGAACUGCGGAGUCGGUUGGUGGCGAAAGAGACGCGGAAGCUGAGCACCCUUGGGCCUGAGGACGCUGCGGCGACCUUCGCGGCAACCCCGCUGCUGGAGGGCCUGAGGAUGAUUCUGUCUAUGGCGAUGACAGGGCGGCAUGAGGUUCGAGUGCUGACCUUCAUCGAUAUCUCAAGAGCGCAUCUACACUCGGAGCUGCAGAGGCCAGUGUACUUGAAGGCGCCAGCGGAGGAUCUAGAGUGCAAGGAUGACGAGUGCUGGCUGCUGCUGAAGGCCAUGUAUGGGCUGAGAGACGCCGGCUCAUCAUUCGACCUGAAGGCGGAGGACAUCAUGCUGAGGAUCCUGAAGUCGAAGCAGGGCGAGUUCUCGCACGGCGACGACUUCGCGGCGCUCGGUGGGCGAAAGGAUUCAACGGCUUUCACGGAGAACCUCGGCGAGCACCUGAUCGCGAAGGUACGAGGGGUUCUGGGACCUGACCCGCAGAGCGGCGACAUCGACGAGAUCGCGGUGCUGAAUCGCAUCGCGAGGUGGGUCAGGCCGAACGGCAACGACGUGGAGAAGAUCGACUACGAGGCGGACCCGAGGCACGUGGAGAUCAUCCUGGCCCAGCUGGGCCUGCAGGGUAGAGAGCAAGCCAGUGGCUGGUGGUUGAGUAUCCACGGCAGGCAGAUCGGCAAGUUGCUCAAGUCUAUACGGACAGUGACUUCGCAGGGCGGCAGCAUCGGGCUCGGCCUCGAGACUCUCGCAAAGGACAUGGGUGUAGACCUCGAGAUCGCGCUGAAGUGCGACGCGACGGCGGGCAAGGGCAUCGCAGAACGUCGUGGAGUCGGACGAGCUCGACACCUUCAUACACCUCUGCUGUGGCUGCAGAGGGCUGUGCAGCAGAAGAAGCUGCGCGUCAACAAGAUCGCAGGUCUCGAGAACAUCAGUGACAUCGGUACGAAGCACCUGGACGGACCCCUGAUCAAGAAGUUCCUGGUGGCGGGGCUCGGCGGCGCUCCUCGCCAGCAGCCCGGCCCCGCGCCCGCGGCCGCACGCCCGGGGGUGCGGCGCGAGGUCCGCUUCUGGGCGGUGGACCUCUUCCUGAAGCUGGCGGCCGCGCCGGCCGGCAAGCCGGCAGGCAAGCCGCAGGGGUUCCUCGGCGCCCGCGGCGCGGCGCUCGGGGUGCCCGCCGCGCUGCUGGGGCUGCUGGUGUGCUGUCAGCUGGGCGUGCAGCUGCAGACGGGGUACCAGCAGUCCGUCGUUGAUGCUCAGCUCUACGAUGCUGCUGCCACCGACGAGCUGCCCGCUCUCUUGGAGGAGGCCGAGCCGGAGCGCGUUCGGGGCGACUCUGUGCCCGAGGGGCCCAUCAUUAAGUCCGUCUCGCCCUGUCGGAGGAUGAAUUGUGCACGACUUUUGAAUCAGGUCCAGGUGGAUACGUCACCCUCGCACGCCGACCUGUGCGACGCGGCCCUUGACAGAAUGAACACGACCGUGGAGGAGGAGGCCGCCGCUUUCCACAAGGAGCUGUGCUCGGAUCCUGCUCGCAAGGACUACGCGGCCUGCGCCGGGCUGGUCCCGAUGUCCGUGGAGGAGGAGGAGGAGGCCGCGGCUCUCCACAAGGAGCUGUGCUCGGAUCCUGCUCGCAAGGACUACGCGGCCUGCGCUGGGCUGGUCCCGAUGUCCGUGGAGGAGGAGGCCGCGGCUCUCCACAAGGAGCUGUGCUCGGAUCCUGCUCGUAAGGACUACGCGGCCUGCGCCGGGCUGGUCCCGAUGUCCGUGGAGGAAGAGGCCGCGGCUCUCCACAAGGAGCUGUGCUCGGAUCCUGCUCGCAAGGACUACGCGGCCUGCGCCGGGCUGGUCCCGAUGUCCGUGGGUAAGAAGAUCGUGGUUCUCCACAAGGAGCUGUGCUCGGAUCCUGCUCGCAAGGGCUACGCGGCCUGCGCAGGGCUGGUCCCGAUGUCCGUGGGUGAGAAGAUCGUGGCGUUCCACAAGGAGCUGUGCUCGGAUCCUGCUCGCAAGGACUACGCAGCCUGCGCCGGGCUGGUCCCGAUGUCCGUGGAGGAAGAGGCCGCGGCUCUCCACAAGGAGCUGUGCUCGGAUCCUGCUCGCAAGGGCUACGCGGCCUGCGCUGGGCUGGUCCCGAUGUCUGUGGAGGAGGAGGCCUCCGCUUUCCACAAGGAGCUGUGCUCGGAUCCUGCUCGCAAGGAGUACACAGCUUGCUUAGGAUUGGUUCCCAUGAGCCUGCAGGAGAUGUGCGCUGACCCGCGGCGCUGGGACUACGCGCAGUGCGCGGGGUUGGUUCCCAUGAGCCUGCAGGAGGAGAUCCAGGCCUCCCUUCAGGAGAUGUGCGCUGACCCGCGGCGCCAGGACUACGCGCAGUGCGCGGGGUUGGUGCCCAUGAGCCUGCAGGAGGAGAUCCAGGCCUCCCUCAAGGAGAUGUGCGCUGACCCCCAGCGCCGGGACUACGCGCAGUGCACGGGAGUUUAGUGCCCCCAGACUUCACUCCAGUGCCGGAAAAGCUCGAUACUAGCCUUCAGCGUUCUUGCACGUUCGAGCGUUUGUUACAGCCAAUGGCAGCAGUAGAAAAGUAAGCGGAAGUAGUAGCAGAGACAUUGACGCAGAAGUAGGACCAGGGCAAGAGUUGGAUACACGCCCAGUGGUCCAGCCAGCCCGCUCGAGUGUGUGAGAGCGGUCCAGUCUACUCCGCCCACCAUCCCCUA